AUGGUUGAAGACGGUAAUCUUCGCGUCGGUGGUCGUCUAAGUAACUAUGCGCUUUCCGUCGCUAAUAAGCACCCAAUCGUUCUGUCCGCCAAACAUGCGUUGUCUGCUCUGCUGGCUAGCAGUUACCAUCUCACUCUAGUCCAGCAGAGCACAGCCGAUCUGCCGGUAUCGCGAGUUUCCCCGACGCGUCCGUUUUCCUUGUACGGUGUUGACUAUUGUGGGCCCUUUUACGUGAAGUCAGCAGUUAGAAAUCGUGGACCUACCAAAGUCUACGUGGCCAUCUUCGUCUGCUUCUCAACCAAGGCUGUCCACAUAGAAUUAAGUCUGAAGGCUGAAGCCGCCGAACGACAACAAAUCUUCGACUGGUGUGCCGAGAACGAAAUUACUUGGAAGUUCAUUCCGCCUAGAGCACCACACUUUGAAGGCCUCUGGGAGGCCGCAGUCAAAUCGGCGAAAAAUCACCUUCUCAAGGUCGUCGGUAACGUUAACUUUGCCUACGAGGAUCUGCUUACGUUGUUAGCGCAAGUCGAUAUGUGCCUCAAUGCUCGGCCUCUAACGCCGAUCCCAUAG